UCGAAAAGCUCAUUAAAUUAAUCAGUUUCGCAAUGAUCACAGCUCACACGGAAUGAUAUCGAAGCGGUCGAAGUUGCUCAAGGCGUGUAACUUAAUGCGUGGAAUGCGCGUUGAAUUGAGCUGGGUAAACCACUUAGAUAAACAACGACAGCGCACCAUUAAAUAUUCAAUACACCAACGCGCUUGUUUCACUUCGCUGUGAGUAGUGCAAUUGGACGCAACUCCAGUGAAACAAAUACAAAUUUUAUACGGGUAAAAGAACAAAAAUCUAAAAGAUGGAGGCUUUCGCGGAAUUAUUAGACCCUUACAAAGAGACAAUUGGGCCUACAGCCAGUGUGGUCACAAUUUUACAAUUUUUUUCUGGAAUGUUUAUCUGUAAAGACAUUUAUAACAAGGGAUCUACCAAAGGAUUCUCUUCAAUGCCAUUUGUAGGUGGUAUUGUGAUAGGUAUUUUAGUACUGAAAUUUGCAAUUUUACUCAAUGAUCCAAACAUGUUCAAUGUGAAUGUGGCCGCAAUUCUUUUGAACUCACUGUAUUUGGGCUUUUAUCUAACUUAUGCACUGGAUAAGUAUCAGGAGGUGAUUGUGCCUGCUUUGAAAGGAUCUGCACUUAUUGCUAUUCUCCUUACUUAUGUAGCAUAUGAGAAUCCUGAUUUAGUUGAGUUCAGGUAUAGUUUUAUUGUGACAGCACUCAUGUUGCUGUUAAUGGGAAGUCCAUUGGCUGAAGUGAAAACCAUUAUUGCUAAAGAAGAUGCAUCGAUGAUACCAUUACCCAUGACAUUUAUGGGUUUCAUUGUCACAAUUCUCUGGUUGAUGUAUGGAAUUAUUCUAAAGAACAAUUUUAUGGUGAUUCAAAAUCUCUUGGGAACUUUGUUGUGUUUCGUGCAAUUAAUCCUAAUUGCACGUUAUCCUGGCACCGACAAGAAAAAGAAGAAGCAAUAAAGCAAAAAUAAGAUUUGUGUACGCAAUUUUCUUAAAAUUAGUAUUUUUGCAUGAAAACUAGACAAUUUAUUAUCAUUCCGGUAUUACUUGAAGUGUUAAAAAUUACGUAAUAGACUACAAUCUAUAUAGUUACUUAAAAGACAUUUACACUAAUUCACUGCAGGACAAUAAAACAAUCAGAAUUAAAUUUAAGUAGGAAAAUAGGUGAAAAUUGGUGCAAUCAAAUGAAUGCCAAGUAAAUAUUGACUAUUACCAGUUAUACCAGUAUAAAUAUUUAUGAUAUAAUGUUAAAAUCAUUCAAAUGUUUAAAAAAUUAAUUAGUUUAAAGUGAAACCAGUUGGCUCAAAGUUAAAGUUAAAUUUUGAAAUUGUUGAAAUAGAUCUUAUAGGUGAUGUUUUACUGCAUGAAAAGAAUAAAUAGUGAUAUUUUGUA